UGGCCUGGCGGGAGUGCUGAAGGUUGUGGGCGGCUGGGCUGCUCUCCUGGGCGGUGUCCGAGGAGCUGUUGGCCGAGUCGCCCUGUCGCCCUGGGCUUCCGCCACCCUCUGGGAGUUGUCCGAGCGCGUGGGGUCCACUAGCGAAACCCUUAGGACGGCGCCAUGGGCUGCUGCUUCUCUAAGAGACGGAAGAGUGAGAAGGAGUCGAAGGCUGAGGGAGAGGAGGAGCAGCCCAAGCUCUACAGCUGGGACCAGCGGGAAAAGGUUGAUCCAAAAGAUUACAUGUUCAGCGGACUGAAGGAUGAAACAGUAGGUCGCUUACCUGGAAAAGUGGCAGGACAACAAUUUGUCAUUCAAGACUGUGAAAACUGUAACAUCUAUAUUUUUGAUCACUCAGCUACUAUUACCAUUGAUGACUGCACCAACUGCAUACUUUUUUUGGGACCAGUGAAAGGCAGUGUAUUUUUCCGAAAUUGUAGAGACUGCAGGUGUACAUUAGCUUGCCAACAAUUUCGUGUAAGGGAUUGUAGAAAGUUGGAAGUCUUUCUGUGCUGUGCCACUCAGCCCAUUAUUGAAUCUUCUACAAAUAUCAAGUUUGGAUGUUUUCAGUGGUACUACCCUGAAUUAGCAGCCCAAUUCAAAGAUGCAGGGCUCAGUAUCUUCAAUAAUAUAUGGAGCCAUGUUCAUGAUUUUACACCUGUGUCAGGAGAACUCAAUUGGAGCCUUCUUCCAGAAAAUGCCGUAGUUCAAGACUAUGUUCCUAUUCCAACUACUGAAGAAUUCAAAGCUGUACGAAUUUCUACAGAAGCCAAUAGAAGCAUUGUUCCCAUAUCCCGGGGUCAGAGACAGAAGGACAGCGAUGAGUCAUGCCUAGUGGUAUUAUUUGCUGAUGAUUAUACAACUGCAAAUGCCAGGAAAUUAAUUGAUGAGAUGGUUGGUAAAGGGUUUCUCCUAGUGCAGACAAAGGAAAUGUCAAUGAAAGCUGAAGAUGCUCAAAGGGUUUUCCGAGAAAAGGCAUCUGACUUUUUUCUUCUUCUGAACAAAGGUCCUGUGAUUGCCUUGGAAUUUAAUGGAGAUGGUGCUGUAGAAGGAUGUCACCUUAUCGUAAACGAGAUAUUCAACGGGACAAAGAUGUUUGUAUCAGAAAAGAAGGAGACAGCAUCUGGAGAUGUUGACAGCUUCUAUAACUUUGCUGAGAUACAGAUGGGGAUUUGAAGCAGACUGUGGUAUUAAGCCCUUUCUAAUCUUUAUAUAGAGAGUUUGAUAAAAUACUUAUGUAUAUUAGUCUUAAGCCAUUAGUAAUUUUUACUAAUUCUAAAAUUGUUAAAGGCUAUUUUUAAAUAACUCUUUGAAUACCAUAUCAUUUACUUGAAGAUCUAAAAUAGUUCAUUUAAAUUAAGUAAUUUUAGUCAUCUUAUAAACUAUUUAACCUUUUCAAUGAGCUUUCAGUUUUCUUUUUAUAUAAUACUCUUAUUAGAAAACAGAAGUGGCUACCAGUUCACAAUUUUAAUAUUAAUUAAAAAUGCUUUCAAAUCUCUGAUAAUUUAAACUUUCCUUAGUGCUCUAUGGAAUUCAUUUGAUAGUAUGUUUUGUUACUUUCUCUUUUUAUUUAGAGGAAUUUGUUACUAGGUAAUAACUAAAUAAACUUAUGUACUUUUUAAAUGCAUAUCCAGUUAAAUAAUUAUUUUCUUCUUGCAUUAUAUGACUAAUGAGAUUUUGUACAUGGAGUCAACAUACUAUUUUGUAAAUUGAAAAUUUUUAAAGAAAUAGGAAUUUGAAAGCUGAAUGUGGUAGUGCCGUCUGUAGUCCCAGGCUACUUGGGAUGCUAAAGUGGAAGAAGCUCUGGAGCUCAGGAGUUCAAAACUGUCCUUGACAACAUAGUGAGACCCUAUUUUAAAAGAAAGAAAAAACUAAGAUAUUUGAUAAUCAGCUUUGCAAAUACUUCUUAUUGAUGCUGACAUUGCCAUUUUAAGAACUAACUUCUUCAUAAGUUGUAUUGCUCUGUUUAAAAUACAACUGCCAGAUGAUUCUUCUGUUUCCUAGUAAUAAAAAGCCUAUGCAAUAUAAAACUAUAGAACAACAAUCACCAGCAGAUUUGACAGAAGUGAUCACUGUCUGAUAGCUCUUGUGACUAGCCAGAGACCUAGAGCAAAACCUGUGACUUUUAGAUAAGAAAUACUUUUGGGUAAGGUCUGAUGAUAAAAUAGGCAGGUUAUUCAAGAUCUCCAUACAUUUUUUUUUACUCAUGUAAAGUAAUGUUCAAGUAUGAUAAAAAUUUUGGUAACCUGAAAUCAUUAUUUCUCAAAUCCAUUUAAUCAUAGUAAUUUUCCAGGAGGUAUGGGAAUUGUUCAGAAAUACACAUUGGUGGGUCCAGUCUUCAGAUGCACAGAUUGUUUUCAAGGGAAACUGCUUUAGGGAGGGUUGUCAUCUAAUCAGUUCUGAAGGUGUUAAUAGGUUGGUCUUAGCACAUUUAGCAGCAAACAGGGGCAGCUUUCUUAGGCCUAUUUAAAGGAAUCUGAAACUCUAUUUUUAUAAAACUAAGACUGAAAAUGACCACUUGUAAAAAUUCCUCUUAUGGUUGUUACUAAAAGUGUAUUUUCAUGUUUAAAAUGCUUUAAAUCAACUUACAACUACCUGUUGAACUGUUAAUGUGUAGAAAUAAUACUUUGUUAUGCUAAAUUAAUAAUACCGAACACCUACACUGUGCCUACCCUUGUGCUGACUGUCAUCAUUUGAGCAUUUCUUUUAUAAAAACAUUGUGUUCUACAAAGUCAAUAUGAUCUCAUGAGGUACAAAUAAAAACUUCUGGCAGGUAUAAUAGAAUUUCUGUCAUAUUUUACAAAUGAUCUUUACAAAUUGUGGUCAGAGGCAUUAACAUUUCCCUGAGCUAAGCUAAAGUAAAUGCAUUCUUUUCUGUCUUGGUUAUUAAAUGUUAUUAUUCACAUUUAAAAUAAUCUCAAUACUUGUUUUUUCAGAACUAAAAUGCAACGUUAUACAAAGCUAUACAUUAAGUUUUUAUCUUAUCUGUAACGUUGUGCAAAAACUCAGGAAUAUAAUGUAAAGAAGACAUUAAGAUUUUUCCACCAAAUUUAGCCUGUUAACCAAAGCCUAAAAUUUUCUAUCCAGUUAGAUAAGAACUUUUACUGAUGUUGACUGUUUACGGAUAUUAAUAAUUGUCAGUUGGCUAUUGAAUAUUUGAAAGAUUUUUAAAAUAAGUAGUUCUGUGUUGUUUCUGUAAUUCUAAACUUUGAUAGUAUUCAUGAUAUACAUUUCAUUUCUGAGUAGUUUUUAAAUUUAUGAAAAAUAAAUAGCAUUGAAAAUUA